UCUCGUUCAUAGUUUCAAAAAAGAUGAAUUCUUGUCUCAACUUCGUCAUACACUUUUCCAUAUUGGUUUUCUAUAUGUCAAAAAUCAUCCAAUUCCUGAGGAACUUAUUACCAAAAUUAAAUCAUAUUCCACUCAACUUUUUGAUCUUCCAACUUCUGAAAAAUUACGAAUUGAAAUGUGUAAUUCGCCACAUUUUCUUGGAUAUAACAAACUGGCCGCAGAAAAAACUAAAGAUAUAGAUGAUCAGCGUGAACAAUUUGAUUUUGCGACAGAGACUCCUUAUACUUGGAAAGAAGGGGAACCUAUGUAUAGAAGACUUAAAGGACCUAAUCAAUGGCCUGAUGAGAAAUAUGUUCCUGGUUUUAAAGAAACCUUGUUGGAAUAUAUUAAAAGACUGACUGAUUUUUCUUUAGAAUUUACUCAAUUAAUAGCAUUGAGUUUAGGUCUCCCUCCUGAUUCUUUAUAUAAAUUUUUGGAUCCACCUGAUAAACAUAUGAAUCGUUUAAAGGUUGUUAAAUAUCCCCCAUUAAAUGCAUUGGCUUUAAGUUCAAAUGAUGGUGCACAAGGCGUUGGACCUCAUAAAGAUCCUUGGAUAACAUUCCUUCUUCAAGUUAAUAAUGUACAGGGUUUACAAGUUCAAAACCAUAAAGGUGUUUGGAUAGAUGUUCCACCACUUGAAGGAACAUUUGUAGUGAAUAUUGGGUUAGGAAUUGAGGCUGUUACUAGAGGGGUAGCUGUGGCCACAACUCAUAGAGUUCUCAAUCCACCUCCUGGUUCAAUACCAAGACUAAGCAUACCUUUCUUUCAAACGAUAUCUUAUGAUGCAAUACUUGAACCGUUGGAUGUUCCGGAAGAUAUAAUUCGUCAAGCACCAAUAUCUGUUGUAUCUGAUGCUGAUGUAAUUUAUAAGGAGCGUUUUUAUAAAAAUGCUGGCAAUGCGCAGCUCCUGAAUCGCAUUAG